AUGGGGAGUUUCAAGAGAAAAGUUACAUGCAGUAGGAGAAAGCAGAGGAAGGCACACUACACAGCUUCUGAUGAGGAACGAAGAAGGAGGUGUUCUGCACGUCUUUCCAAGGAGCUGAAGGCGAAGUAUGGGUUUAGGACUAUUCCUUUGGAGGUUGACGAUGUAGUAACUGUUAAGGGAGGCAAAUUUGAUGGAAAGACCGGAACAAUCAAGCAGAUCAAGCUCAGCGAGUAUAAAGUGUAUGUUGAGGGAUGCUUUGUAACCAAGAAAAGCGGAGAGAAUGCAAUGGUGCCUAUAUAUCCAUCAAAGCUGACAAUAAACGAACUGUUCCUUGGUAAUGAGAGAAAAGAGCAGCUUGAGAAGAAGAAGGCUGCAAAGGAGUAUAACAUGGAAAUACUCAGGCGAAAGCAAGAGGAGAUGAUUGCUCAAAAAUAA